CAAUCAUUAGCAUUCCAUUAAAAUGUCGCAGUUGAAGGUGCUAACUCUGAACUGCUGGGGUGUUCCAACCCCAAUAGCAUGUCAGCUUCGUAUGGAAAGGAUGACUGCUAUAGGUGAUCGUCUGAAACGAGGAGAUCAUGACUUGGUUGUUCUUCAGGAGGUAUGGGACAAAGGUGACUUCAAAAUAUUGCUGGAUAGAGUGUCUGAAGUCUUUACAUAUAAUCACUACUUCUACAGUGGAGCCAUUGGAAGUGGUGUGUGUGUGUUCUCUAAGUUUCCAAUCCAGGAGUCAUUUUAUUACCGUUUCUCACUCAAUGGCUAUGCCCACAAGGUGUUCCAUGGCGACUGGUUUGGGGGCAAAGGUGUGGGCAUGUGUGUUAUACAAUUCGGAGACUUUAGACUCGGCCUAUUUUGUACCCACCUUCAUGCAGAGUACAAUGGAGUUGAUGAUGAAUAUUUGGCUCAUAGAGUCUCUCAAGCAUUUGAAAUGAGCCAGUUGAUCAAAUUAACAGCAACAAAGCAUCUAUGUGACUUUGUAAUCACUGCGGGAGACUUCAACCUCCAGCCUACAGACUUAGGAUAUAAAAUUCUCAGAGAAAAUGCACAGCUACGUGAUUCAUGGCUAGAACUGAAUGAUGAGACAGAUUCAGGAAUGACUUGUGAUAUCUCCAGUAACUAUUUCACAAGUCCAUCCCAACUACAAAUGUUUCCUAAGGGCAAGAGACUAGACUACAUCUUGGUGAGGAAUAACGAAGGUACAAGUGUGGAAGUUGUAAAUUGCCAAGUAACCAUGGGGAAGAUACCUGGUCACCCAUACAACUACUCCGACCAUGAGGGUGUCAGUGCCACACUCAGUAUCUCGAAAAGUAAUAAUGCACCUCGUUACCAUCACGACCCAUCCCGCUUGAAUCCAUUACUGUCUGAUGCUGUGACCCUGGUAGAGCGCGGGAUGACAAAGGUGUCGUCUAACGGCCAAUUCUACACUAUCCUGGCAGUUAUGUCUAUUUGCUUACUAUAUAUGGUGUCGUCCCUUGACAUUCCACCAUGGCUUGGACUGAUCCGCGGAAUGCUACUAGUGGCCCUUACACUGUUGUUUGGAUUUUGUAUUUGGAACAAGGCCAUCCUCAGCCGUAUAGAGACACACGGACUGAUGGCCACGAAGUAUGACCUCAAAAAUCUCCUCAAUUCUGAGAAAAGCUAGUCACAUUGAAAACUUUUGCUACAGUCCUUAAAUAAAAAAUAUAAUCAAUGGCCUCCUUGUUUCAUUGUACUGCCCAAUAACUGUCAAGUUGAGCAUGUUACGUGACAGAACGAUAGUGCUAGUUUCAUCCGUGCCGAUUAGGCCAGUGGUCAGUCAGAUGUCAGCUAAAAAUUAAUCAAGAAGGCCCUCUUGCAUAAUUCUGGCAUAAAUAUUACACCGUAUCGAGUUAGGUACACGCCUCAAUAGUUGCUUCAAGGGAUAUUCUGCGCACCAUAGGAUUUCCUAGGGUGCUUUAUCGAUUUACAAACGUUCUCUGGUCCUAAUUGCUUCAUAACAGGCCUAGUGUGUUGAUUUUAACAUCCCUCAGAAAUAAGCCUAAUGAAAGCAAUCUGAAUCCUAAUCUGAGCAGAAAAUAUAUGUGAACAGUGUAUUUGAUCAAGUGAGCCUUCUGUUCUUAAUUCUCAAACGCACUAUCUUUAGGUGGCCUGAUUUUAAAUUGGCCAUGGUUUUCCCUCCAUUUUCGCUUUUACAAUCUGACCAAGCAGCUAAGAUAGACAUAUAGAUGCUGUCAAUAACUUAAAAUGUCAUUAGAAAGAGUUCUUAAAAAGUACAGAAGUUGAGUAAGGAAUUUGCAACUUGUGCGGAACAUCCCUCAUAUCUCAUCAAAGCAACAUUUCAGAGAUGAAAAUCUGCAGUGGAUUUGCUGGUUUAAAAUGUUAAGUUUCCACAAAAAAUGUAAAUUAAAUUUAAGCAUUUCAUAGGAUUUUUCAUUUUCAUCACUGUAUUUCCAAAUACAAGUUAUGUACAUGUAUCAGAUUUUUUAAGUGUUAUAAAGAAUUAUAAAGAAGUGCACGAGUACAAAUGUAGCAUUUUCAAUACUAGUUUGACAAUAGAUAAUCAGUAUAUGCCCAAAAAUGAAAAUAAAUUAAAACUGCAUCAUACAGCUGUUUUAUCCUUCUAAUAUUGCUUUACUAGGCUUAUUUGAUUGUUUUAGUAUUUAAACAGUAUUUUUAUUUGAUUAUAUGCCGAUUGAACUGAGAAUGACCUUCACUUUGCACAAGGUACAUGUUAUUUCCAUGAUUUUCUCAAGGGUUUUUUGUCAGGCUGGUCUAGUACAGCAGUUUCAAAAUUUCCCAUUAGUUCUGUAACAUUAAUGUUUUUAAAAUGUUGGCUAGUCCCACCAGAACGGAAGCCUGGGAGUCCAGGACUGUUAAAUGUGUCUCAAAAAUCACUGAUUGUAUAGUUUUAUUCAUCGCUAGGUAUUUCGAAGAAAUUAUCAGCAUAUAAGUGUAUUAUAUCCUCAUACGGUAACUUGUAAGCUGUAAUACCGACACUUAGAACAAGUGGUCACGGACUGGUAUGCUUGGGAACAAAUUUCUAUUGUAUUUUGUAUCAAUGUCAUAGAAAUAUAUUUUGUAUAUUUAUAUAUGUUGUAGAUACAUGUAAUUUACCAGGAUAAUAUUUUCUUAAGAAUGGGGACCAUAUUGAAUUUAAAGAAUCUGUGAUUACUGAGCAUACUGGCAUAAUCAUUGGUAUUGUACGCCUGUUUGUAAGAUGUUGAAUGUGAUAUUACAGAUAACCAAUAUAAAUGAUGCAAGAUCAGGCCAUACUAUAACAAGCUUGGCCUGGUAUCGUCAUUCAUGACCUUUCCAGACAGAUAUCUUGUGUUUGAAUGAGAAGGAAAUGUAGAUGUGUGUAACAUUAAUUGAGAUGUUGUCAUCCAUUAAAUGAUACCAAAUGUGAAAACAGUUAAUUUAAUAUUGUAUAUGAUUAUUUAUGGAUAUUCUGAAUAAUGAACACUUUGUGGCUUCCAUGCUACUUGUACCUAUUUCACUUGAAUAUUGGUAUCUGCAAAGACACAAAGUCUAUAAUUUAGCUUCACAGUUUUCAUGUGUUGUGACAAAGGCAUUAAAAUUUUCUUGAAUAAAGUUCAGAAAUGAAUAAAACGACAAGAAAAUU